UGCCAAAAGAAAGGAUAAUUUAAUUUAAAACAGAAAAAUAGAGUAGGGUAGGAGCUCUCUGAAGCACAGUUACUGAACAUAGGAAGACCAUAAAGUUUUGUGAGUGCUGCUCCAUCAUUUUCUUAUUAGUGAAUAUUUUAACCACAUUGAAAACUUCUUGACAUUGCAUAAUUUCUAUUGAAAACUGGAUUCUUGUACAGAUGGCAGUGCCCCUAAAAAUUACUAGGACUGUUUACAAAAUACACAGUAUAAAGAGGGCUGGCAAGGUUUUGGCCAUCAGCAUAAAAAUAACCUGCAAUAGAAAUUUUUUUUUGACUUUGAUAAUGGUUGAGGUCUGGAGUGGUCUUCCCCAGCCUCCCAGUCUGUGCCUCUGUACUGCUGAUGGUUUCAGUUAAGUGUUAUAAAAUAGAACUGUGUGAAGAUGAUUAAGAGAGUUUAGCUCAAAACCAAUAAAAUGUCUUAACAUUUACUUUGUGUAAGGGAAUCAUUGAUGCUAAAUAAUUCUGCUGACAGCAUGAGAGCUUGUAGGCUGUCUGUGCAGCAGAAUGUACAAAAAAAUGGUUACAGACUUCACAAGUGAUGAAUCUUCCCUAACUGCACUUAUCCCACCCUGUUACAUUAUUUCUGUAGCAGUGAGUUCAAACAUGCCUAAAAAAAGGCAAUAAAGUAUUCCAAGCACCCCCUUCCCCCAAAAAACCACAAAUGAAACUAACCAAACAAAAAAUCAACAAAUGUCAACUCUUUGUCUUUCUUUUAAGAAGGAUGUGAAAAUUAGGGAUCUCAGCAGAAAUUAACAGGUAGGUUUCUGUGUUACAAUAUGACAUAUUUUUGAUAGGCACUUUGUAAGAGAGGGGUACAAUUCAUUAAUCCUUCCCCUUUAUUGUGAAAGGAGAAAGUUGUAAAUUGAUUUGACCUUGGUUUGUCUCAGCUUCAACCUUUCUGUGCACAUUUCAAACAUGUUUAUUUGUCACACCCUGUGGUGGUGAGCUUUUUAAAAAAAUUUUCCUUAACCUGCACUGCAACUUCAAUGCUGUUUUUUGCCCUGCAAUCAUAGGCAGAAGCCUAGAGGACACUGAGCUCUCUUAAAAUUCCUUCCCUGUGGUGCAGGAGAUCCAUGGGGAGUUGAAAAUAGAGCAAAUGUGUGGCAGUCAAAUGGUCCUCUCUGAAGUCAUGUUCUGCUGGGUUUUAACCAGUCAGGUCAGGAUGUCCAAUCCUGGGAGUAACAGCUGUGGCAACCUCCUUAGCAACUGGGAAACACUGGCAGCAAAAGGCUCCCUGUGUCCAACAGGAAAAAGGGUGACAUUUCUGCAUUCAGACUAAAUCCAAAUGGUGUACUGUUUCCAAUAGCAGGUAAGUCUAAAAUACUGCUGUGCCUUUGUCAGUGCACUGUUGUGUGUAGAAACAGGGGUGAUAAAAUGUGCUUUAAUGUAGAAGUGAUGGUUGCCUUUCUUUGCAAAGUAUUACUGAUUCUGUCUUGUUUUGGUUUGUAACAGCAGUUUGUGCAGUCGUGAAAUAAAUUGUUAUAUUGUGUUGAUUUCUUGACUUUAAAUAUGAAUUUUGUAGCAGUUAAUCCACUCUUCUUGCUGGGUUUGCUGUGCUAGUUAUCUAAAAUUAUGUAUCUAUCUGGGAGUCUCCAUAUAAAAUACUUCCAGAUCAUAUUUCUUAGGUAAGAGACAAAACAUCAUGUAAACACGAGUGCCUAAACUGCAUUUUGUAAAAUAAAUUAAGCGCUUAAAUUUUAUAGGUUGUUGAGUUUACAUGCAAAUGUUAUCAUAAGUGUUUCUAAGCAAUAUUUAAAAAGAAAAAGAUUAAUGGAAGCUUGUCUACUACAUCUUUUGAAAUUACCAGAGAUAGCAUCACAUCAUUGAUCUUACUGUGACAGCCUCUGAAUAGUUAUCACUUGUCACAUCUGAGCAUCUCAUUCUUUCUUGUUGCAAGCCAUAAUCCUACUGUUAAUAAAAAGUGACAGGGCAGCUGAAAGAUCAAAAUAUUUCCUCUUAAUGCAUCAUUAUAAAUAAAUAACAGGGAAAUGUAAUCUAACAUCAAGUUCAAAACCUGUCACGUUUACUCAGCUUGUCAACUUCAGCUAUAAUUUCUAUCUCAGCUUGUAAAACAGGGAAGGUUUGGCUGGGUCUCUACAAGAAAGCUUUAAAGGAAGAAUGUAAGUGUAAGAAAAGAGAGCUGGAAACAAAGAGGGAAACAAAUGUUGGAGGGAGGUGAAAUUUAUUAUUUUCCUGGGGAUUUUCACAGCAUUUGUAGUUUCCUUGAGCGUUUCUGCCCCUUUUCCAGGUUAGGAUUUACGUGAGUGAAGAUCACUGAAGUCAGUCAUGUGGGCUCAUCUGGCCAAGUGCCAGUCUGAAUAUUUUGAAUUCAGUGUUUUUAAACAAAAAUAAAUGAUUAAUCAAAAUUACUGGGUUCUUGAGGUACACAGGCCAGCACUUGCUUAUUGUCUCUUUUCUUCAACAGGUCACGACCGAGUCCUGCAGGCAGCACCUUUUUCAAGUAUGGCUCAUUUGGAAAGGUCCCUGCCCAGGGGUCACAGGUAUUGCAGUGUGAGGCCAGCUUUGGACAAGCUUUCAUGUUCCACUGUCAUAUCCACAGUUAAUCCCUGCUGCAGGAGCUCUUUUGUUGUGUACCCUGCCUGGAUCACUGAGCACCUCGCCCCCCAGAGGUGCCAAUGGAUCAGCCACUGCCUCCCUUCCCCUGGCCCAGAAUGGAAGAGCCUGGGUAAAUCAGGGGGCACAGACGUGCCUGUGCUGGCUAGAGGGGAGCAAGAUGGAUUUUAUUACCCUGCUACAGUAAAAGAGGAGAUAGAGAGUGAAAGAGGCAUGUUCCUGGUAGAGUUUGCCAAACCACUUGUGUCACGUGGAAGGCAUGCAGUGUGUGUGCAGAAAACAGCAUGGGGUGACAUCCUGGACUAUGUGAAUGGGAUGAAGCACUCCUUGCUCCCUGGAGACAGAGUGCUGGCACCCUGGGAGCCAGAUAGGGCCAGGUAUGGCCCAGGAACUGUCCUCAGAGGCAUUGAGACAAGGGAUCCCUUACAAGCCUCAGAAGAUGAAGAAAUUACAGUUCAGUUCUGGAAUGACAAGCAAGUGAAACUCCCCCAUGGUGUGGCUCUGUGGAUCCCCCCUAGCCUGUGGGAGAGGAUUGUGGAGAUGAUCCACAUGCCCUUCACCAGCAGGGUGAAGCCCAGACCAAGCCAGGACUCUAACUCUUGUGUUUUUCCCUGCAGUCCUAAGGCAGCCCUGAUUCCUGCUUGUGCUCUGUGUAGCCUUGCCAAGCACUGCUUGCUCUGCUCUCCCUGCUGGCCACAUUUCCAUCACCACUGUGCUGGUGGUAUCUGCUGUUCAUCAGCCUGGGUAAGGUGCAGCUGCUGCUGCCAUCCCUGUGCUGCUGCCUGGUGGCCUCUUCCCUCCAGGUCUCUGCUCUUUCAGGACAAAGCUGAAGAGGCAGAGUCCAACAGUGAGCUCUCUCCAGGCUUUCUAGAACUGAAAUGCAUGAAACAAGGAGAAGCUGCAGCUGUGGCAACAUCUUCUCUCUCUUCUGAUUCAGAGAGGGACCUGAAGGCAUCCCCCACUAAGGGUACUGUGGGGGACAGUGUUGUUAACACAGGUUCCAGCUGUCUUGAAAAGCCCAGGCUAAAGAAUUCUGCAAGACCUGAUGGGGUAUACUGGGAAAGAAGCCACCACGAGUCCCAUUCCAGUAAUUCAGGACCUGGAAGUUGUACAAAGGGCCAGCUGGAAUCCAAAGCCAUCUCCACUGAGGACAUGUCCAGUGUGGCCCUAGCUCAGCAGAGUGCAGUGUUUGAAACCACUGAGCAGACUCCCAGAGGGCAACUCAUGAUGAAAAAAAUCCUAAGAGGCCAAGAUUUCAAGCCAUCAUUGAGGGAAGAAGGCUUUGCAGCAUCAGAACAAAGAUACAAAGCAGCAUCAGAUGAUAAAUGUGAAGCCACUUGUGUUGGAGAUGACAAACCUGAUGUUACAGACCCUGCCAGAGCUCACUUGCAGCAAAGCAGAGAGAGACAUGAUCAACCAGAAUUUGGUACAUGUACAACUGAUCAAGUUCAGGGGCUGAAAUUUCAGGUCUCUGGAGAGAGCCACAGAAAUUCAUCAAAGCAGUUUCUGUUUGUAGAAAGCCAGGAGGAAUGGAGAAACAAUACAACCUGACAGCUGAAAGAUAUUUUUUUGGGUUUAAAGCACAAGCAAAAGUAGCCAGAGGCUAAAGGACCUACUACUGUAGAUACAAACAACAAAAUGAUUAGCAUUCAAGCCACUGAUUUUUAUAUUCUGAUGAAAAUGAAUGGAAACCAUGGAAAUACUAUCAGCUACAGGAAGAUGACAGACCAAAUCACUAAUUCUAAACAUGGAAUCUGGUCCUUUGGCAAAGUUAAGCAUCCAGGGAGUUUUGUUAGUGGGACUGCUCAUGUUUAAAGCAUAUGAACUUGGCCAUAAGCUGCAGUGUGCAGUUGCUCAGCAGUAAAUUGGAUAAUUUAGGGUACCCCACAGCCCUCAGAAAAGGGGUUUAGCAUGGUCUGCAAAGAGACAGAACCUGAAUCAAUAGCUCAUGUGCCUAGACUGAACACCUGACACAUAUUUCAGCACAUUUCUGAGUUGGGGUUCUAGGUAGGGAAUUUCAUUUGUAUUUCAUUUCUUUAUCAGCCUAGUAACAGUACAGAUAGGGGAGUGGCUUCUGAGCCAGCUGCUCCAAAAUCAGUGCUAGCCUACAGAAGCUAAUGUACACCCAUAUUUACACCACAUGGAUCAUGCUUUCUGGUCAACACUGUGACAUGGAAGUUCUCUCUGAGGAUGAUACAAAAGAAGCUGCCAUCAGUAAGGCUUGAUCAUAUAUUUUAUUUCACUGAUUGUAUCUUUAAUUGUUUAGAGCAGAAGAAUCUGGAAUUACACAGUCACAUAAUUGGAUUUAAAAGGCACACAAUGUACAAAUAUUUAUAAAAAUCAAUGUACAAAGUGGGCUGCAUAUAAUUGCAUUAACUAGGAAACAAAUAUACAGGCCAUAAAAAUGGAGUCCCAGAGAGGAAGCUACUAUUAAAGUGCUAACAAGAAAAAGAUAUUUAUAGCUCAUUACACACAUUAAAAAGAGCCUCAUGUUUUAUUCCUGCUGUUGCCAGGAAACAACAAAUAUCACAGGACAAAAGUUAAAUCAACACUUUGUCCUGCAUUGACAUCUACUACAUGGGUUUGUUCCACCAUGUCUUCUGAGAUUGCUGUGACAGAAUAGAUGCCAGGAGAAACUUCAAUGUAGAAAUCUUUGGAAGGUCUUCUGGGCUUUAAGAAAAAAUAAAAAAAGAAAAAAAAGCUAUGUUAUUGUUAGUUAUUCUAGGUUUCCCAAAAAAACCACCCUGUGUCUGGGUAAAAAAACAAAAGCACAUUCAGCUGCUAUAUAAAUAUAUUAAGAGUUUUCUAAAUAUAUGGAAGGCAGUGCAAACAAAACUGUAAAAUGUUUCUGUCAGUACAAAAAUUAGCAAGUGCCAUACUCAAAGUAUUCCAGCUAAUGUUUCAAUUGGUGGAGAUAAUCACUGUGCUGUAAUUUACGUCUUACAAAACUGAAAUUUACCAACUUAGACAGUUCUGAACAUAAGCCUGGGAAUUCCUGUCCCUAUACCAAAGGUGCUCUCACUAAUUAAUAGUGUGGUACAGAUUCAAUGUUUCUCAUCUUUUGUGGCUUAGAAGUUCCUGAAAUUGAUUUGCUGAGGUGUUAGGCUUUGAAAAAUAAAACCAGUUUUCUUCUCCUUGAGAAACAGGAGUCUUCAGAGAGCCUGUGGGAGGGCCAAGUGCAAGAAUGCCACAAUCUGCUUUCUAACUAAUUGUGCAAGUCUCUGUAUGGCCAUUUGACUGCCUAUACAUAUAUUAUAAUUGUGAGUGCACCACUGGUUAAUCUGCUGUGCCAUCAAGGUCUCCAGAUCUGUCACAAUUUGUAGCCAGCUUGAUUCAAAAUGAUAAAAGAAGUGCUAGCAAAUACCUCCACAUAAAACCAAAGUAUUCUAAACACUUACCCUUUGCUGGCAACUUUGAGCUUGGCUGGGUUCUAUAGAAUCUUCAGUCCCCUGGAAAGAAAAAAUUAUUUUCUGUUGAUCCAGCACACAGUGCAAAUCCAGGCCAAGAGAGGGGAAGCUUUAGGUGCAUGAAGUUUUCCCCUCCACAAAAGGAUGGAUAGGACACUGACUGGUGCCACAAGAAGUGACCCUGCCUUCCCCCAACCCAACACAGGCUUGGCUCAGUCCAGGUGUUUUUAUGUCAUAAGGUCAACCUACAUCCAUGAGUGUGAGUGUCACAGACAUCAGGUGGAUAACAAAUGCCCCACAGCAAGGGAAGGAAUAACCUUUAAUCAAAACCAGAAGUACCUACUUACCUCUUCUUCUGUGGGAUCCAUCUUUCUUUCUACUGACUUGCCAUGGUAUUUGCAGAAGUGUUUGAUUUCAUUCUCUUUGCACUUGUUGGUUGCCAUAGCCCCAUAGCACUUCUGGACAGCAACAGAAACAGAAAAUAUCAUGUGGGAGGUAUCAAACCAUACUUGCAGCCACUGCAGAUUUACAAUUGAAAGUAAAUAUUAAUAAUACCCAAAUACUGAUGCUGUGUACUAAUUGGCUGGUUUGUUCUCUAUGGGGGUGAAAACAAUGCUUGUACCUCCAAAGGCCACCUGCCUUCUGCUACAGGACUCUCUCAGGCAGGCCUGAUUUUGUGUUCAAAAUAUGUAGGGCAGGGACUCUGAUACCUCAGAACUGAAUUCAUGAAAAUGUCAGAAGGAAUAAGUACUCUGGAAGUGCCUGCCUGAUCAGGCUGGUCAAGAAAAGCCCUGGUGGAAGAAGGCAUAGUUUGUGGGUCCUUAAGAGGACAUGUAUGCAAGACAGGUGCUCUGCAAGCCAGUCAGUGAAGAUGGGUUCUGCAGGCCAUGUGCAGCAGCAGUGCUCUAAAAGCAGAACAUGUUAAAACUGAAAAAUGAGUCAGUAAAGAAGCUGAAGUGUCUUCAAGGCUGGUACCAUUUCCACAGCAGUUUUGGGAAGUGUAUUUAAGCACACAGCAGCCUUCUUCUGGUUGCACUGCACAUGUGCUGGCAUCUUCCCCACUGCAAAUUAAACUCUUGAGUACAGCUCUGCUGCCAUCUGUUGUCACCACAGAACUCCUCCCAAGGUUACCUUUUUGAUCACAGGGACCAAAAAGAUCCAAAAUAUCUCUUAUUUCACUGGUGUUUCUCUUGUCCCUGUCAAGACUAAAUGUAACAAAAUUAGGGCAAAUAGAAAUUCCUAUUUCCAGAUCUACUGCUGUCCUGUAUUCCUUGAGCUUGUGCACAAAUCAACAGAGCUGGUUGCUUGUAUUGCAGUUUUUGUGAGGCUACAAAAUAUAUUAGAUGCUCUGACCUGGUGCAUAAUGCUUCACAGAGCAUCUCUUACAUGGAUGGCACAGAGCAAAGAAAUGAAAUCCAACUUUUGGUGAGAAAUGGGUAAAUUUUGAUCCCUUAGCAGCCCCAAACAUCUCUUCUUAAACUACAAAUUUGUUUUCAUUCAAGUGCAUAAAUGAUUGUGUUCGGUUGUGGAUUUUUAUUUGCACUUUGUAAAAUUUACCCAUGAAAUUAUGGGUCUGACAUUUCCCCCCUUUUAUAACUCUUCUUCUCCACAGAAAUGACUGAAGCAGUACAGUCUUGGCUGAUGCAUAAAUGUGGAAGUCAUCCAUUGCUUGUUCCAACUUUAAUACUCUUAACAGGGCACAAGACAGACCCAAAGAAUAAUUUAGGUUGGAAGACACCCUUAGCAUCCUAGAGUGAAACUGUAAACCUAGCACUGCCAAAUCACUGGUAAGGAUGAGCCUCACUACAUUUGUUUUGUCUUGUGUGAAACUCUAUUCUGCCCCAGUUGUUCUAGGAUUAACUGCUUACUGUGUAUGUAGUGCUUUGAAAUUAUAAAGGAGUUGCUUAAGAGCUAAUCACUUGGGGUGUUGGAGUACUGUUUUCUCUAAUUUAAUUACAGACUUGGGCUCUGUAUUAGCCCUGCAGGCAGUGAGCUCCCUGCUGAGUUAGCACAACAGAUCCCUAAGGGCACAAACUGAAUUCUCAGAGUUUGGUGCAGUACUGGGCUGCAGGGCUGUGCUCACAGGGAGGGGCUGGCAGAGGUUGGCUCCAGUCUGCCCACCCAGCAGAGCAGUGACACCUGCCAGCCAGAGAACAGUGGAGCUGUGCACCUGCACACCAAACCUCUCCAUUUCUGCUCAGCACACACAAAGAGCUGAGCCCACACUCCUUACCCAGUAGCAACAUCCCAAAUCCAGUUUGGCCUGGUUUUGUCUGGGAUAGAGCAAGUUUUCCUCCUAGCAGUUGGCAGAGUGCUGUGUUCUGGAGUUAGCAGAGUACAGUGUCGAUAACAAAGUGGUGUUUUGGUUAUUGCUGAGUAGUGCUCACCCUAAGCCAAGGACUGUUCACAUGCUCUGCCAGUGGGGAGCUGCACAAAAAGCUGGGAGGGAGCAGGGCUGUGACAGCUGACCCAAGCUAGCCAAAAGGAAAUUCCAUAGCAUAGAAUGCCAUGUAUAUGAACAGGGAGAGUUGUCUGAGGGGCUGACUGCUGCCUGGGCACUGGGUGGUGAUCAACUGUAUUGUACAUUACUUGUUCUUCCUGGGUUUUAUUUCUCUCUCCCAUCUUCAUCGCAAUUAUUACUGUUAUUAUAAUUUGUAUUUUCAUAUUUUACUUUGUUUCAAUUAAUAAACUGUUCUUACCUC